CAUUUUGUAAGGGGGGAACGUGUAGCGGGCGGUGGUAAGAUUGGGUGGAGGAGGAAUUGGUGCUGGCUGAAUUUUGUGCGGGUCUGGUGUGAAAAAUGUCUGGAUUGGUUUGAGUCAGCUGUGAGGCUGUGUAACGAAUUAGAAGUGGCAAACUACCUUAAUUUUGGAGGUGUCUGUUGGGUUCUGCUGCCGUCCGCUGGACGUCAUCGCCCGUGAAUGAUGUCUCGGUUUGCAUCGGACACGAAGGUCUACGUCGGAGAAUUAGGUUCCAAUGCUUCACAGACAGAGCUAGAGGAUGCAUUCUCUCACUAUGGACCAUUGAGAAAUGUCUGGGUGGCCAGAAAUCCACCAGGCUUUGCAUUCGUUGAGUUUGAAGAUCCCAGAGAUGCCAAGGAAUCAGUGCGAGCUUUGGAUGGGACGCGGGUGUGCGGUCACCGCGUGGUGGUUGAGCUCUCCAACGGCCGCAAGCGCAACCGCAUGGGCAGCGGCGGCGUGCCGGGCCGCGACAACCGCGACAUGAUGCGUGGCGCGCCGCCGCCGCGCCGGCCGCGCUUCGACCCCAACGACCGCUGCUACGAGUGUGGCGAGCGCGGACACUACGCCUACAACUGCCACCGGCGCCGCGGCGGCCGCAGCAGGUCGGGCUCUCGCUCGCGCAGCCGUUCGCGCUCGCCGCGCGACAGGCGCAGCCGCAGCCGGUCGCGCGACCGCCGCUCGCGCACGCGCAGCCGCAGCAAGGACCGCUCCAAGAGCCGCGACAAGUCCAGGUCCCGGUCUCGCUCCCGCUCCCGCGGCCGUGGCGGUCGCUCCCGCUCCCCGUCCGCCAACGGGCGUGACUAGCCCCCCACUUCCCUCGGUGUUCGUUCGGUGUGUCGUGUCCGUCUGUGUGUGCGGCGUGGCGGGGAGCCGCCCGCCGGGGAUGAGACGCGGCGGGAGGGGCCGCCAGGCACCGGUGACGUCAUUGGUCGCGUGCGACCGGCGACGGGGCCGCGGCAGCACGGCUCGGACGCGCCGUGCUGCCGCGCGGGAAUCAUUCAGCGUAGGGUAGCAGUCGAAGAAACCGACGUCGGAGAGUUUCCAGUGGGACUCGGCUGUCCACGAGUCUCCGUCUCGUGUUCUGGUUCAGAUUAAAAGAUGGAUCCGGUGUUCCCGGCCGGGCGCCACGUUUGUGAUUGUCGUUGGUAUGCACUCUUUCAGCGCGAUCUUCAUUUGGCGCAAGCGUAUUUCGUUGGUUACUCGACCCCAAUAAAGAUCUGGUAGUGGA